UCCCUUCGCUCUCUUUUGAAAAAUUUGCAAAAGGAAAAACGAUAACUCAAAUUGCUUACGUAAAUUGAUUGGAUUCCAAUGGGCCGCCUGACGUCCACCGUCGAAGUUCCGGGACGAAGGAACGACUCUGUUCGGGAGAACGGCCGCUACAUUUCUGAAUCCGAUGCUUCCCCCGGUAACCCCCGACACAGCCGUCGUAGCCCUAGCUAUGAAGCAUACGAACGCGACCACCAGAGCCGCAAGGGUAACCAACAACGUAAUCGUUCUGGUUCACCUGAAUAUAGAAAGCCUAGAAGACGAAGCCCUCCAGAAGUUCCUGAAAGAAGGCAGCGUUUUGACCGCGAAAAAUCCGAUGAUUCUAUCGAUUACAGCCGCCGUCGGCGCAGUCCCAGUUACGAUGUCUACGACCGCGACCGACCACAAAACCGCAACCUUUCACGGUCACCUGGAGGCGAAAACCCUAGAAGGCGGAGCCCUGUCCAUGACCGCUCCCUAAACUCGCUGCCCAAGAAAUUCGGCAAGAAUCAUAGCUACCUGGACCGAGAUUAUAGGAACGGAAAACAAUCGGAAUCUGAAUCGGACGAGGAGUUGAAAGGAUUGAACUUUGAGGAGUAUAGGAGGCUGAAGAGGCAGAAGAUGAGGAAGGCGUUGAGGUUUUGUAUUUGGGAGAAUACGCCUAGUCCGCCGAGGAACGAAGACGAUGAUUUGGAGGAUAAAGGUGAUGAAAUUUCAGAGAAGUACGGGGAGGAUAACGGUGAUGAGAAGAGCGACUCCGGUAAAGAAAAUGAGAAGAAGGACAAUAGGAGAGUAAAAUCCGAGUCUGAGUCUGAAAAAUCUGGUAGUAGUGAAUCAGAGAGUGAGUCGGAGAAUGAAUCAGAAUCUGAUUCAGAUGAUUUAAGGUAUCGGAAGAGGAAGAAGGAGAGUUCUAAGCGAAAAAAUAGAAGCAAACGUAGAAGUGGGAAAGCGUCAUCUUCCAGUGAUAAUGAAUCCGGUCAAAGUGAAUCCAAUGAAGAGGAGGAAGAUAACAAGAGGAGAAGGAAGUCAAGGAGAAAGCGGAGUAGCCGGAGUAAGAAUAGCAAGAAAAGCAGGAGGAAGAGUAGGCAUAGUGAUUCGGAUGAGAGCUACAGUUGUGAAAGCGAAACUGAUAUAUCUUCUGACGAUCGUGUCAAGUCGAAGAAGCAGAAAAGCUUUUUGAAUUCGAGGUCUAGAAAGAGUAAGAAAAGGAGAGGAUCAGAAACUAAUAGUCAAGCUUCAGAUUCUGAUAAGAGAUCAGAUUCCGGAGUUGAUGCUAACAAUAAAGCAAUGAUAGAUGAGCCUAAUAUGGCUGAUAUUAAUGCUGCCGAAGCUCUUAUGUUCAAGGAAAUGCUAGAGGCUCAGAAGAAACAUGCAUUGGAUGACGAGCCUAUGGUUGGCCCAGCACCGUUGCCAAGAGCUGAGGGGCAUAUAAGUUAUGGCGGUGCUCUGAGGCCUGGUGAAGGUGAUGCCAUUGCACAAUAUGUCCAACAAGGGAAGCGUAUCCCACGAAGAGGUGAAGUGGGUCUUUCUGCUGAAGAGAUUCAGAAGUUUGAAAACCUUGGGUUUGUGAUGAGUGGUAGCAGACAUCAGAGAAUGAAUGCUAUUCGUAUUAGGAAAGAAAACCAGGUUUACAGUGCAGAGGACAAGAGGGCAUUGGCUAUGUUUAACUAUGAAGAGAAAGCAAAGCGCGAACACAAGGUUAUGGCUGAUUUGCAACGGUUGGUGCAACGCCAUAUUGGGCAGGAUGUUGGCCCGACUCACAACCCUUUUGCUGGAAAGGAUGGUGCCGAUGCUUAAAUCUCAUAUCUUGAGCUUGUCAUCAGAAUUGGACAUACAACAUCAUCCGAGACUCCGCCAUUGGUAAUGGAGAUUGCAACCGUUGAAAGACCAAUGGACAAGUUGAUCUAGGCA